AUGCCUCCCACCUUUCUAACACGGGAUGCCCUGAGCCCCUUCGUUGAGGGGAGCUCUAUCUCGGCUCGCAGCGCGAUGCCUUCCACCGACGGACACUUUGCAACACAGCCCUGGAGGUCACUCCUCGUUGGCAGCAAACGGCUCGCCAUCCGUUCAUUUUCAACCAUCUCCCGCCGUAACGACGACGGCCAGAAUCACCUGAUUGACUUAAUGCUCGUCAUCCUGGGCCUUGUUUUUGCAGCCCUCAUUCUCGCCUCGCUUCUCUACCUAUUCCACCGACGCCGCCGCCUACAGCAUCUGCGUAACGGCACCCUGCCUACUUAUGAAGACGUCAAGCAGACUAACCCCCGCGGCUUGACCAUCGAAACAACUCACAAUGGCCGGUCGAGCGUCUUCUACAUCGACCGUGACGGCCAGCCAAUGCUUCAAAACCCUCACUCGCCCCCUCAUUCUCCCGACAACGUUCCGCAAAUCCAUAUUACAUUCCCCGAAGAACAUGACGAGAAUGGACGUCCCAAGAGCGGUCGCGUUCUUGUGGUGCGUGUUGGUGACAACGCCGCUGUCGGUCUCGAGCCCAUGCAUGACGAACAACUGCCAGCAUACGAGAAGGAGUCCAAGGGUCAGUUUCAGUCCAUUGACAUGGAUAACAUUGGCGGAUUGAAGGAGAAGGACCGGAACUUGUUCCAAUAA